AUGUCGGACGACGAAGAUUACUACGAUGAGUUCGACGAGAUCUUCUGGAUUGAGGAACCGGAGCCUGAAAUCGCCGAUGACCUAGCCGCAACCGCAACCUACGACGCCAUCUUCUACGAUGACCCCUCCCUCGAAGUAGAAGACUUUUACAGCGACUGGGACGAUGUCUCCGACGACUACUACGAUGAAGACCCCACCGCCCUCCGCAUCCAACGGGUCAUGGCCAACUGGCCGAACCGGGACCUGAACAUCAAUCCAGCCGUCACCGCCGUCUCCGCUCCUCCUACGCAGAAGAAACGGAAGCAUCAAUCGAAACCGAAGUCGAAAUCCAUCGACGCCCCUAAGACAGACGUCGCUUCGUUCCGCGGCACCGUGUGGCGCACCUCGACCGAUGAGACCAAAUCUAAGCUAUACGAGCCCGGCGACGGCGAGAAAGUGGCUUUGCUGAAGAACUGGCGCGAGGUGUUCCGCACUUCGCAUCCUGCGAACGAGAGGGCGCGGACACGCAAAGGCGCCGGCGCUGCGCCGGGCAAAUCGAGCAGCGGCGAGAAAGGUACUGGGCUGAAUGGGCGCACGCGAGCUGGUCACGGCAACGGCAACGGCACAGCGAGGAAAGCUACCCAGGAUGAUGGCAUGGUGGACGAGGAAUGGGAUGCCGAUGCGGAAAUGGAGACUUCAGCUACUGCUCCGGUCAAGGCGUUUUCUCCGCCGCCGGUGCAUGCGAGUCGCGUGGUUGAGUCGGCGGCUGAUGUGCCGGUGAAUUCGAAGAUGAUUGAGCACGAGUAUCCGAUCGAGGGACAUGAGAACUAUGAGGAGACUCUGGGAAUGAAGGCGCGGGAGUCGAAGGAAGGGGAUCGCACGCGGGGCAAGAAGCCUCAGCCUCAGGUGAACGGUGUUGCUGCUGGCAAGCCGAGCAAUCAAUCAACUGGGCAGCUUGCAGCGACAAGGGGGAGAAAACGCAAGGCUUCGGUGUCUCAUGAGGAGCCGACAAGCAAGAACGGUCCAGAAUCGCCCUCCGGUUCACGAUCUAAACGAAUUGCGUCGAAGAAGGUUGGAGAGACGGAUGAGUCGACGGGACCGGUGCGGAGGUCAGCCAGAAACAAGAAAUAG